UACCCGCCGACGCACGCUAACGCAUCCGUCGCCGUCGCGAAUGGUUAUAGGCUGCAACCGCCGCGUAUUGCACACCACCAGUUUGGAACGCGACAGAAACGCAUCGCACUGGCGCCCGCCUGCACUUUGACUGCGCCAUCAUGACGUUCCGCGUGUCGUCUUCCGUCUCGUUGCAGCGGUACCUCGUAUUGUCGACCGCGAUCUUUGCAACCGCCGCCGCCGCCACUGAUGCAGUAGCCGACGCCGCUGAUGCAGUAGCCGACGCCGCUGAUGCAGUAGCCGACGCCGCUGAUGCAGUAGCCGCCGCGUUCGUCGGCGAUCCGGUGCGCGACGCGCGUUGUUUCGCCAAGUGUUACCGUCAGAUCGCCGCUGAACAGCCCAAAUGUUAUAGCGGUUGUCUGAACGAGCGGUGGAUUAAUAAGCCGGGCGAGUGUCCGGUCGGCGACCUUGACGGCGUCGCCUCGUUGGACCGACCGUGUCUGGAGCAAUGCAGUUCCGACGACUUUUGUCACGCCGAGUACAAGUGCUGCCGACACAGCUGUGGCAUAACGUGCCAACAGCCCGUCGGUCUAGCCGACCACCGUCCAGGUCUACCGGACGUGCCAAAAGUCGUCGCUGUGUCCGACUACGGCAAGGGGCUGGCGGUCGAAUGGUCCUCGCCGUCUCCGGGCACAUCCGCAGGUCACGUGACGUACGUGGUCCAGGAACGGCACCACGUGGGCGCCGCGUACGUACCGGAGCGCAUGACCACGUGGGCUAUGGUUACCAGGACGGACAGGACACGGGAACAGUUCAGACAGCUGCGCGCGCCAGGACGGUGGUUCCAAUUCCGCGUGGCCGCCAUCAACGAGAACGGCACCAGCGGUUACUCGCCGCCCUCCGAACAGUUUUUCGUUGAGAUCGGACCUCACGUCGAUCCACCCGGACCGCCGCAAGACCUGAAAGUGACGUCGUUGAAAUGGACCAACAAGGAGUACCAGCAGUGCGUGCUGUCGUGGACCCCACCCGCCGAAUCCGUCCUACCCGUGCGCAAGUACAAAGUGUUCAUCAGCGUACGCGACGGACCGCACGUUUACCACAAACGGAAUGUGGUCCCGGCAGAUAUUUUGAGGUUUACAAUCAAAAAGCUGAACUCAAAUUCCGAAUAUUUUCUUCAAGUGCAAGCCAUUAGCGAAUUCGGAAGAAAAAGAUUCGCCGGUCAAAAGGCUUCGACAACCCUGAAAACCAAAGGAAAAAAAAUAUUAAAUUCUAAACAAAUCACGGGACUUAAAAUUGUAGUUAUAGGCAAUCCUGACAGCCGUAAUUUAAUUAACGCUAGACUAUCUUGGAGACCAGUUACUAUGACAUUAAAGAAAUUCCAUUACACUUUGUCGUGGUCUUCAAAAGAUUGCCACGAUGAGAGCAAGCCAUUAAGAGCAAGAACUCGAGUGCCGUAUUUUGAUUUAUUUUCAUUAAAACCACAUUGCGAGUAUUUAAUCACAGUUUCAACUACAUUCAAUGGAUCCAAAUACGUGGGUUCAUUUAAUUUUGCUACACCUACCUUAUAGAAGCUUCGAAAAUUGAAAUACUUAUACAAAUGUUACUUUAUUCGUACUUUCUAGAAAAAUAAGAACAUAAAUAGUAUUGAAUUAAUAAAAUAUAGAAACUAUAGAAAAAUAGCAAUAUUCUUGCAUGUGGACACUUUUAUAUUUAUAUAAUAUACUAUAUUAUGUUGAUUAUUAUGAAUGAAGUGUUAAUUCUCUAAGGUUUAAUAAUUUAUA